GCUCCGUCCCAGUGAAAUGUUACCUCACUGUGGCCAUUUUCUAGCAUUCGCUCGGAAUAGAAACAUACAGUUUGUUGGUGCGGCGGUGUGUUAAUUUGGCAAGAGUCUGCUGAGUGAAAAGUUGCUUAUUCAUGCUGGUGAAGAAAGAAAGCGACUAGCGUCAGUGGAUCGGUAUGGAUACUGAGCGCAGCAGGGGUGGGCGAGGUGAUCGCAUGGGCCGAUAUGGCAACACCAACAAUGACCACAAUUUUCGGGACAUGGACUACCGUGGUUUUGGCCAAGAAGACGAAGAAACGGAAGCGGAAUAUGAUGUCCGAAUAGAGGAGGACAGCCCCUAUGUCCACAAUGAAACAUCUCUGUGCGCCUCUAAACUUUUACCAGGUCACCUACAAGAUCAAUGUGAGUUUCAUCAGAGAGGAGAUGGUAGUAGUGAGGCCAAAGCGCUCCUGUGGCCUCCUAGCUCUCAGUCCUCAACUGAUGUGUUUGACGAGGAGAGAUCCAAGAGAGAUUUUGAACGGCUACGGACUGGGUCAGAGGGAAGGGCAAAGGGGAAACACGGCAGAAGCUUUGCUGAGACCUCGACCCUACGUUUAAGUAGUGGGGAAGGAAAUUGGGGUCGCCGAGGUGGUACCUGUAUUGAACAGAUGGAGCACAACUUUGACCGGCACAGAGAGGAUGGCAGAUUUUCUCAUGGAGCAGGAAGGAGAAAGGUGUUUCCCACUGAGCCCGAGGACCAUGGCCGUUGUAGUUCUGAGACAGACCUGUCUCAUGAGGAUUCGGAGCAAAGGGACCAGGAUUACCGUGCUGAUCUGGACUACAAUCAGAGGCCCAGCAACAUAGUCAUGCUUCGCAUGCUGCCACCCAACGCCACUGCCAAUGAGAUCUGGGCAACACUUCAAGAGCAGGGGAUCCAGCCAAAAGAGGUUCGGCUCAUGAGGAACAAAGCCUCAGGUCAGAGCCGAGGAUUCGCCUUCGUCGAGUUUAAUCUCAUACAGGAGGCCACCCGCUGGAUGGAGACCAACCAGGGCGUGCUAAUGAUUCUGGGACAUCGAGUGUCGAUGCACUACAGCAACCCUAAACCACGAGCCAAUGAGGACUGGCUUUGCAACAAGUGUGGAGUGCAAAACUUUAAAAGGCGGGAAAGGUGCUUCAAGUGCAGUGCACCUAAAUCAGAAGCUGAGCUGAAGUUGCCCGAGUUGCAAAAAGAUGCAUCUUUUGGUCUUCAAAAGGAGGGAGCCCAAGGCUUGCUGCCGCUUCCAGCACCGUUACAUUCCUCUGUUUCUGCCGUCCAUUCAGGCCAAGUUACACAACAGGCAGAUGUUGCCAAUGACACGCUGAUCCUCAGAAACCUUGGACCGCAUACGUCAGUGGAAGCCAUUGUGUCUUCUUUGGCCUCAUUUGCCACCCUGUCACCUUCCAACAUUCGCCUCAUCAAGGACAAGCACACGCAUCUCAACAGGGGCUUUGCUUUUCUGCAGCUCUCCACCAUAGUGGAGGCAUCUCAGCUGCUGCAGAUCUUACAGGCUCUCAAGCAGCCGCUUUCUGUUGAUGGAAAGGUGAUUGUGGUGGAGUUUGCCAAGGGUUCCAAGCGUGACGUGUUUUUGACAGAUGGCAGUCGAGUGAGUGCUGCUACGGUGGCCAGCACUGCUAUUGCUGCAGCACAGUGGGCUGUAACACAGACUGCACAAAAUGGUUCAAGUGGAGGCCAGAGUACUGAGUAUAGAGAGAUGUAUCAGCAGGGAGCAGCGAUGGCAUACAUCCAGGAGGGGAACGGUUACUCUUUGCCGGAUGGCCAACAUUUUCAAGUCCAGACAGAGUCCAGGGUUGCUCCUUUGCCCAGUGCAGGAGCACCCCUGAAGGGGACUUACCCAGCAGCAACUACCCCAGCUGCAGCGAUUCCAAGUGAAACAUUGGCAUCCGGGACAGGUGUGGUGCAGCAGCCUCCAACUAUGGCUUCUGCCACCCAGGUUGAGAUAAUUGGAAAACCACAGCCAGCUGCUUCCAGCCAGCCUGCAACACCGGGCACUGCGCAUGAGCUCCAGCAAUAUCCUGUGCCAGAUGUAACCACAUACCAAUAUGAUGAAGGUUCAGGCUACUAUUACGACCCGCUGACAGGACUCUAUUAUGACCCAAACUCCCAGUACUAUUACAACACUCACACUCAGCAGUUCAUGUACUGGGAGGGAGACAAGCACACAUACAUUCCGGCAGCUUCUGGACAGUCAAGUACAGAAGGUGCUCCCGCUGGUGAUUGUGCAGCCCCCGCAGACUCAAUGUUUGCUAAUCUUGGGAGCAAGGAGAAGAAAGAUAAGCCCAAAAGUAAAACAGCUCAACAGAUUGCCAAAGAUAUGGAGCGCUGGGCCAAGACACUCAAUAGACACAAGGAGAACAUGCGCUCUGUCUCCUCUUCCCCUGCGGCCGGUUCCACAGAUCGCAGAGAAUCUGCCAGUGCAGACGCAGGUUAUGCUGUUCUGGAGAAAAAGGGGGCGCUUUUAGAACGGCCUCAAAUGUUUCUGGACCACCUCAGACAAACAGAAUCGCCCCCUCCGCAGCACCUGGGUCUCGUUCCGGCCUACAGCGGAGAAAGUGACAGCGAAGAAGAAGGCGGUGAGAAAGAUGAGAAGGAAGGGAGGAUGACGGACUGGGUGAAACUGGCCUGUCUGCUGUGUAGGAGGCAAUUUCCUAGCAAAGAGGCUCUUAUUCGGCACCAGCAGCUCUCUGAACUGCAUAAGCAAAAUCUAGAGCAAAGAAGAAUGCAGGAAGAUGCUGGAAAAGAGAGCCGAACGGCUGGACUUCAAGCUCCCGAUUCCAAGAAGAGGAAGUUAAGUGCCAUGGAUGGGAUCACAGGCUCUAGUCUUGGUGCCAGAAUGCUUCAAGGCGGUGUGAAAAAGGGACUUUUGUUGCGCAGUGUGCAAAUGGAGUGAGCUGUGACGCUGCAACGUCGACUUGUCCCUGGCAGGACGAAGACAAACACCACGCUGUACUUCACUAAAAAUAUCACCUGUCCAUAAGACGUUCUCACUUUUUUGGCUGAUCUCACAUUUGCCUCUUUUAACUGAUCCAGAAGUGGAUGCCGGAAUAUUGCACAGAAUGCAUCAUUUUGUUUUUCUUUCUUCUCUGAAGAUGCCAAGUCCUCUCAAACGCAGUAAAUAACAUUUUCAAAUAACAGUCUAUGCACCAUGUUUUUUGUUUGUUUGUUUAAUUUAAUGCUUUAUGCCUUGUCAUUCAGUGAAUGACUGCUAAUAGUACUGUGUACAAUACUAAUCGUGUGUAGAUUAUUUUUACCACAGAGAUGAACUCAUGUGGAUGAACUGUGUUAUUUUACAGGUAUGAAUCAAAAUUAUUUAGUUGUUUUUCUCAAGAAGGCUUUUUUGUGUGCGUGUGUUCUACAUGACUGUUAGAAUGAAACAAUGUAUAGGAUUGUAAAUGAACUUUUUGUUUUCUU